AGAAGAAAAAAAAAAACUUUUUUUGUAUCGGAGGAAUCAACAGCCGCCAUCUUGACGCGGCUCAGAAUCGGGAUUUCAGGGGGAGCAUUAAUUUUAAAAACCGAUCGGAGCUACCCAGACCAGACUCAAACGGCUUUUUUCGUGCAGAAAAUCGAAGUGUAAGUUCUUCCGAUGAGAAUUAAUGCCGACAUGUAAUGGAAACAUGGGUUUUUAUCGUCUCGAGAGCCCACAGUAUAUUUGAUUUCCCUUUUAGAGAGCGCCGCUUCUCGCCAUAUCUCCGUCCCGAGACACUGUAUUUACCGGGAGACAGCGACGAGAAAAAAAAAUCACCUCAUAGAAAAUAUUUUUUGAAUUUUGCUCUUUUUAUUUAAGCCUGAGAAAGAUUUUAUGGCAGCUCAUUCGGCUAAGAAAAAAAAAUGAUUCCGUACAUACGUGAAACCGGCGAUCUACCGAGAAAGGGAUUAACUUACGCGUUGUGUAAUAUUUAAUGAUUGAUUUUUAAUUUAUUUUUUUCGAACAGAAAUAAUUUUUGGACGUAAUUAUUGGGGAUAAUUAUGUGGGUGUUGGGUGUUGGAUUAUCAUGGGGUGAUCUUCGGUGGCGGAGCGUGGCGCUGUUGCCUUUUUUUUAAAGCCUUUAACACCAGGCAACAUUUCACCAGUUUGCCAGUCAAGAAAAAAAUAUUAAAUUGCGGCUUUGCGAGUAAGGAUAAGAAAAGUGACCGAGUUAACGAACCCGAAGCUUACAAGUUGGACCGACCCUGCUGUUGUUUUUCUGCAACAUCAUCCAUUCAUAAAAUUGUCGACGAGGAUGGCUGACAAUCUGCUGGAUGUCGGACCCCCCACUGCAAAGCGACCCAAACUGAAUUCACCUCUGUCGGGAUCGGAUGGCCCAGACCUUGUGUCCCUGUUUGACCUGGAAAAUGAUCUCCCAGAUGAGCUCAUUCCCAAUGGAGACCUGGGGAUGGGAAUGUCCUCAAACGGCGGCCCAGGUGGAGGAGGUCCUAGUCUCGACUCCAUCGUUCCUGAUGCAGCUGCAAAACACAAGCAGUUGUCAGAACUUCUCCGACCAGGAAGUUCCUCCAUCUUGGGAGGCGGUCUCAAUUCUGCCAACUCCCAACAGGGAGGCAUGGUUGGAAGCCAACUUGGUGCUGUGCUUGGUAAAAGCCCACUGGGACCAGGUGGUACUAAUCACCAGUCUCCCCAGAUCCAGAAAGGAGGUGCAGUGGGACAAGGAAAUGGAAGCCUGGGCUUCAACCAGGCUAUGCUGAACAGUGGGCAGGGGCAUGGAGUCAUGGGCCAGACAGGACAAGUGAUGAAUGGGGCUUUGGGACCGGCAGGCCGGGGUAGACCUGGGCCUGGGAUGCAGUACCAGGGUCAAGGCAUGCAGGGGGCUGGACCUGGUGUUGGAGGCAGUGUGCUGGCAGAGACACUUACACAAGGAGGGCCGCAGAUGGGUGCACACAAUGCGUUGAAUGCUCAGCAAGCUGGGAACAUGAAUAAGAUUGGGAUGUCAGGAGCUCCAUUUAGCCAGCAGUAUGGUCAGGCUGGGGUUCAGCAGAUGGGGGCAGCGGGGGUCAACGCUCAACAACUCCAGAACAAAACAGCCAUUCCCAACAACCUGCCCCAAUUCCCUGCUGAGUUGAAGGGAGCUGGAAGUGUGCCAAACCUGUCUCAGAUGCAGCAGCAGGUAGCCUCGGUGGGCAUGGUCCCUGGGGCUGUUGGUGUGUCAACAGGCCCGACGGCCGACCCCGAGAAGCGCAAACUUAUUCAGCAGCAGCUGGUCCUGUUGCUCCAUGCACAUAAGUGCCAGCGGCGGGAGCAGGCCAACGGUGAGGUGAGGGCCUGCACUCUGCCUCACUGUCGCACCAUGAAGAACGUCCUCAACCACAUGACCCACUGCCAGGCUGGCAAGUCCUGCCAGGUUGCUCACUGUGCAUCAUCCAGACAGAUCAUCUCCCACUGGAAGAACUGUACACGGCACGACUGUCCAGUCUGCCUGCCUUUAAAGAACGCUAGUGACAAGAGGAAUCAGCAACCCAUGCUGAAUUCCCCUGGAGCUAGCCUGCAGAAUGCCAUAAGUACAGUGGGGCCUGGCCAGCCCAGUGCCACAGCCAUCAACAGUGGUGCCACAAGCAUCGACCCCAGCUCCAUGCAGAGGGCUUAUGCUGCCCUUGGCCUGCCGUAUGGGAACCAGUCCCCUGCUCAGGUCCAGGGCCCUGGUCAGCAAAACUCCCAGGGUCCCCAGCACCCGCAGCUACGAAAUCUGAACCCACUAGGCACUAAUCAGAUAAACCAGAUGGCGGGAGGAAUGGGUGUCCCCUCUUCAGACACGUCUGGCAUGCACUCUGACUCUUCUCUACCAUCCACACUCAAUCAGCUGAUGCCUGACGGGUCAUUAGUGGGAGGCAUGGGGAACCUGCCCGCUGCCACCCCUCUCUCUGCUUCAGGGGUACGAAAGGCCUGGCAUGAACACGUCACUCAGGACCUGCGCACCCACUUGGUGCACAAACUUGUACAAGCCAUAUUCCCUACCCCAGACCCUGCAGCCUUGAAGGACAGGCGAAUGGAGAACCUGGUGGCAUAUGCGCGAAAGGUAGAGGGUGACAUGUAUGAGUCAGCAAACAGCAGGGAUGAGUAUUACCACUUCCUGGCAGAGAAAAUCUACAAAAUCCAGAAAGAACUGGAGGAGAAGAGGCGUUCACGGCUCCAGAAACAGCCUGGCAUGGUGGGCACACCUGGGCCUCAGCAGCCUGGUAUGGCUCAGCCCAACGCCAUGGGCCCAGGACAGGCUGUCCGACCUCCGACCAAUGGACCUGUGCCUAUGCCCAACAUACCAACUCAGAUGAUGAACCGUAAGCAGGUGCCCCAAGGAAUCAAUCAGUUUAACCCAAUGGCAAUGCAAAAUGCGCAGAUGUCUCAGGCACCAUUGGGAGCACGUACUCCCUCCCCGAUGAACCAUCCACAGCAGAUGAACAUGAGCUCCGUCCCAACGAUGAGUAUGUCUCCAUCAAGGAUGCCCCAGGCUCAAGGAAUGAUGGGUAGUCAUGCUAACAACAUGGUUGCUCAGCCUGCCAACCAGGGCCAGUUCCUUCAACAGGGCCAAUUUAAUACAACUGCAGGUGGAGCAAUGAAUGUGAAUGUAGGCAUGGGUCAGCCCAUAACACAGGCUGCCGUAACUCAGCAGCAGAACUCUAACCUCCCACUGAAUUCACUGGGAUCCCUUGGCUCCCAGCUGCCCUGUGGCACUUCAGCCCAGCCCCCCCUGGGCCCCACCCCUCCACCCAAUGCCUCUGCCAGCUUGCAGCCUCAGCAGCAGCAGCAGCAGCAGCAGCUGCAGCAGCAGCAGCAGCAGCAGCACCAUGCUUCUGCACAGGCCCAGGUGCCACCGCAGCCCUCCACCCCUGCCUCCACGGGUGGGCCCUCAACCACCCCAACCCACAUACCCAAUAGUUUCCCUGGCCCCCCCUCAGCCAGGAGCGCAACCCCUGACCCCUCCCAGCCACUCACACCCAUCCAGCCCCAGCCAGAACCCCAGAUGCAGCAGCCCAUUUCAGUGCAGGCACAGCACCCCAGCACACCGUUGUCUCAGGCAGCAGCAAGUAUAGAUAACAGAGUGCCAACCCCAGCCUCUGAGGCUGAGCUGAGCUCGCAGCAGGCCCUUCCAGACAUGAACAGCACUGAAGCCAAACCUGAAGUAAAAGAUGAAGAAGAUGAGAGCAACUCUGGAAAGAAGCAGACCGAUGUAAAAAUGGAGCAGGAUGAUGAAACCAAACCCCCUCUGAUAAAGAAGGAGGAGCCAGAUGCAUCAGAGCCAAAGCAAGAACCAAUGGAAACUGAGGAGAAGAAGCCGGAGAUGAAGUCAGAACCCAAAGAAGAGGAGGAAAGUGGGGCCAAUGGCACAUCAACCUCCUCUACCGCUCAAAGUCGCAAAAAAAUUUUCAAGCCAGAGGAGCUGAGACAAGCACUAAUGCCAACACUUGAGGCCCUCUACAGACAAGGUCCAGAAUCACUGCCCUUCAGACAACCUGUUGACCCUAUGCUCCUGGGUAUUCCUGACUACUUUGACAUCGUGAAGAAUCCCAUCGACUUAUCCACGAUCAAGCGCAAGCUUGAUACAGGGCAGUACCAGGAGCCAUGGCAGUAUGUGGACGAUGUGUGGCUCAUGUUCAACAAUGCUUGGUUGUACAAUCGCAAAACGUCUCGGGUGUACAAGUACUGCACCAAACUGGCAGAAGUGUUUGAGGCAGAGAUCGAUCCCGUCAUGCAGGGCCUUGGUUACUGCUGCGGCCGGAAGUACGAGUUUUCACCUCAGACGCUGUGUUGCUAUGGCAAACAGUUGUGUACAAUCUCCAGGGACGGCACCUACUACAGCUACCAGAACAGGUAUCACUUCUGUGAAAAGUGCUUCAACGAGAUCCAGGGCAACAGUGUGACCCUGGGGGACGACCCGGCGCAGCAGCAGACUAUGAUAUCAAAAGAGCAGUUUGAAAAGAAGAAAAACGACUCGUUGGACUCUGAACCUUUCAUUGAAUGUAAAGACUGUGGACGAAAGAUGCAUCAGAUAUGUGUGCUGCACUAUGAUGUCAUUUGGCCAUCAGGCUUUAUCUGUGAUAACUGUCUGAAGAAGUCAGGCAAAACAAGGAAGGAGAACAAGUUUUCUGCCAAAAGGUUGCAGUCUACAAGGCUGGGGACAUAUAUUGAGGACAGAGUAAACAAGUACUUGAAAAGGCAGAACCACCCAGAGGCUGGUGAGGUGUUUGUGCGAGUGGUGGCCAGCUCUGACAAAACUGUGGAGAUAAAGCCUGGCAUGAAGUCAAGGUUUGUGGACUCAGGCGAGAUGGUGGAUGGCUUCCCUUACAGAACCAAAGCACUUUUUGCAUUCGAGGAAGUAGAUGGGACGGACGUUUGUUUCUUCGGUAUGCACGUCCAGGAAUACGGCUCAGAGUGCCCCUUUCCAAAUACAAGACGGGUUUACAUAUCAUACCUCGACAGUAUUCACUUCUUCAAACCACGUUUGCUAAGGACUGCAGUGUACCAUGAGAUCUUAAUUGGCUACCUGGAGUAUGUGAAGAACUGGGGUGAGUAUGUGACAGGUCAUAUCUGGGCCUGCCCUCCCAGUGAAGGAGAUGACUACAUUUUCCACUGCCACCCUCCAGAGAAGAUCCCCAAGCCCAAGAGGCUCCAAGAGUGGUACAGAAAGAUGCUGGACAAGGCUUUUGCUGAGAGGAUCCUACAUGACUACAAGGACAUUUUCAAGCAGGCGAGAGACAGGAUUACAAGUGCCAAUGAGCUGGCAUACUUUGAGGGCGACUUUUGGCCUAAUGUUCUGGAAGAGAGCAUCAAGGAGCUGGAGCAGGAGGAGGAGGAGAGAAAGAAGGAGGAGAACACGGCCUCCUCUGAUACGACAGAGGGAGCUCAGGCUGACAGUAAGAAUGCCAAAAAGAAGAAUAACAAGAAAACCAACAAAAACAAGAGCAGCGUCAGCCGAGCCAAUAAGAAAAAGCCUGGGAUGCCGAAUGUAGCCAAUGAUCUUUCCCAGAAGCUCUACGCCACGUUGGAGAGGCAUAAGGAGGUGUUUUUUGUUAUCCACCUCCAUGCUGGACCAGUCAUUAACACGCUGCCACCCAUCAUGGACCCCGACCCAAUGUUGACUUGCGACCUGAUGGACGGCCGUGAUGCCUUUCUGACUUUAGCCAGGGACAAGCACUGGGAGUUUAGCUCACUGAGGAGGUGCAAAUGGAGUUCAAUGUGCAUGCUGGUAGAGCUGCACAACCAGGGCCAGGACCGCUUUGUGUACACCUGCAAUGAAUGCAAGCACCAUGUCGAGACUCGUUGGCACUGCACUGUUUGUGAGGACUAUGACCUUUGCAUUAACUGCUACAACGCCAAGGGCCAUGAGCAUCAGAUGGUGAAGUGGGGCCUGGGUUUGGACGAUGACAGCAACAGUCAGGGUGGAGAGGCCUCCAAGAGCCCUCAAGAGAGCCGACGUCUCAGCAUCCAGCGCUGCAUCCAAUCCCUGGUCCACGCUUGCCAGUGCCGAAAUGCCAACUGCUCCCUGCCUUCGUGCCAGAAGAUGAAGAGGGUGGUUCAACAUACCAAGGGCUGCAAGCGCAAGACCAAUGGUGGCUGCCCUGUGUGCAAGCAGCUCAUUGCUUUAUGUUGUUAUCACGCCAAGCACUGUCAGGAGAAUAAGUGUCCUGUUCCUUUCUGUCUCAACAUCAAGCAAAAACUCCGUCAGCAGCAACUGCAGCACAGGCUGCAGCAGGCUCAAAUGAUGCGCCGCAGAAUGGCUACCAUGGCUGGAAGGGGUAUGCCCAUGCCAUCCCCACCUACCUCAGCUGCCCCUGACACCCCAAACUCUGUGCAGCAGCCUAAUACACCCCAGACCCCUCAACCCAUGCCCAACCAGCCCCAACAACAGCCGCCAAACAACCCUGUCAAUAUUGCCCAAAGCUUCCCCAACAACGGCAGGAUCAGCCAGCCCACAACCCCUGUGCCACAGGGCAAACCAGGGCCUCAGUCAUCCCCCCUUCAUCAGCAGCAGUCACCUCUGCCUACCAUGUCACACCAACAGCAGGUUCAGUCUCAGCCACAACAGCAGCAUCAGCAGCAGCAACAGCAGCCAUUGCUGGCAGCAAUGAAGGUGGCCAAGCAGAUUGAAAUGGCAGUUAAGGCAAGGAAAGAGCAGCAGCAGCAGCAACAGCAACAGCAGCAGCAGCAACAGCAGCAACAACAACAACAACAACAACAACAACAACAACAGCAGCAGCAGCAACAACAACAGCAGCAGCAGCAGCAGAAUUAUGCUAUGAAUGGGAUGCCCAUGAACCACCCACGGAUGAUAGGGCCCAUGCAGGGUCAGAUGCAAAUGAUGCAGGGGCCGCGGGGCCCACAGGUAAUGCAGGCUAUGCAGCAGGGCCAGUGGGGUCCAGGUAUGCAGAAUCCCAUGCAGAAUCCCCAGGGCCAUCAACCACAGGUCCCUCCUCAACAAGGUCCUAUGGCCCCUCAACAGGCUCAGGGAACUCCCAUGCCACAGCAGGGCCAGCUCAUGCAGAGACCCAUGAUGCCCCAGCAACAGGGUCUCCAAAUGCCUGGGGUCAUGCCUCCUCAGGGGCCACCACAGCAGCAAAACAUGCCACGAGGGAUACCUGGUAACAUUGCACCGACUGCCCUGCAAGACUUGCUGCGCACCCUAAAAUCUCCCAGCUCCCCUCAGCAAAAACAGCAGGUCCUCAACAUCCUCAAGUCCAAUCCCCAACUGAUGGCCGCCUUCAUUAAACAGAGGACAGCUAAGUAUCAGGCCAACCAGCCGCAGCAACAGCAGCAGGUACAACAGCAGAACCCUCAAGCUAUGCUUGGGGCUCAGGCUGGGAUGCAGGCAAUGGCAGCCAUGGCAAACCAGGUGCAGAGGCCAGGUAUGGCACCACAGCAGCAGCCUCCUCAACAGACAGGGCCCCAGGGCAUGGCAGCUAUGGGCCCCCAAGGCCAGAUGAUGAAUGCUGCUCAAAACGGCAAUCAACAAAUGUACCGCAGGCAGCAACUGCUCAGAAUGCAACAGAUGCAGCAGCAGGCACAGCAGCAGCAGCAGCAGCAGCAGCAGGGAGGCAUGCCUCAGGGUCAUGGUCAGUUCCCUCAACAGCAGCCAGGGCCAGCAAGCUACUCCCAGCUCCGUAUGCAGCAGCAAAUGGCUAUGCAAGGCGGUGGGGGGCCCAUGGGACAGCAUCCCCCAAGCUCCCAAAUGGGACAACCUGGUAUGGGUAUGGAUGGAGCUCAAAAUCUCCUCCAGCAGCGCAUGCUUCAGCAGCAACAGCAGCAGCAGAUGUUAAAGCAGCAGAUGGGUUCUCCUGCGCAGGCUAACUCAAUGAGUCCACAACCCCACAUGCUCCAAGGUCAAGCCCAGGGAGCUCACUUACCUGGCCAGACUAUGGCAAACACCCUGGGAAACCAAGUACGCUCCCCAGCCCCAGUGCAAUCCCCUCGUCCACCUUCGCAGCAGCCCCCGCAUUCCAGUCCCUCUCCACGUAUACAGCCUCAGCCCUCACCUCAGCACGGUGCCCUCCACUCCAGCUCCCCCCACCCGAGCCUCGGAGGCCCGAUGUCAGGCCCUAUGGAGCAGGGACACAUGGGGACACCGGAGCAAAGUGCCAUGCUCCCACAGCUGAACACACCAAACAGAGGGGGUUUGAGUAAUGACAUGGGUAUGGUGGGUGACACGACGGGAGACACGCUGGAAAAAUUUGUUGAAGGAUUGUAGCAUUUUAUGACAGAAGAAAGGCCUUGUUAUGUUUUCGGCUGAGACAUUUUUAUACUUGCUGAUGUAAAAAGCAAAAAGAAAUCAAACAAAUGAGUCAUAUGAGGCCUACAGACUGUGAACUUACCUUUUACCAAGGGACUGCUUUUCUUCCAACACAGAGUGAAUUAUUAAUUGCUGUUGAAAAGAAGACAACAAAGACACAAAGAAUAUAUUUUGGUUCAGACCAGCCAUGCAAGAAUUUGCCUUGGUCUAUGUGUUAUUUUCAUUUGUUUUUCAUUUGUUAUGCUCUGGUAUUGACUUUUUUUAACAAACUUCUCAAAACAAAAAUAUUUCAUUUUAUUAUUCAUUUUUUUAUUUUGUACCUUUUCAAAUUAAUAUCAUAUUUGUGUUGAGAGGACUGUAAAAUUAUUUGUCUGGGAAUUUUUUGCUAGGUUUCACCUCUUGUUCAGUUUAUCUGUUCCCUGGCUAAUUUAUUCUAAUAUGCCAUUUUACAAAAAGGACUGCCUUUGGGAAAGCCUUAAUUUCUUUCCAGUUUGCAGAGUCUACGGGAGAUUAACACAUUUGUAUAGAUUUUGGCACUAUUGCACACACCCAACACAAAAGGCAGGUGUGAGAAAAACCUGCAUUAAAGCUUGUUAAUGUUCACAGGUGCCGUAAUGUUCUUUUUACUGGCUUGGGUCCAGUGUUUUGUCUUGCAAAUGUUUAAAUAAUUGCUUUGUCUCCCCCUCUGUCUACAGAAGUUCUUGUGAAGUCCUGAACUGUAAAAAGUGGUUCAAAUGGCUCAUUUCGUACUUAUAUACCAUAUUGUUAAAUAAACCUGUGUGCCACAGA